AUGCGUGCGUUAUUUGUUUCAAGUUUGAUAGUCUUUUUGGGAGUUACCCUAAUCUCUUCAAAGCCAUUGAAAGAGUCUAAAAAUCGGGAUAGCCUAAGGCUGCUUACUAAAUCUCAGAUAGCUGAAAUGAUAGAGAACUCUAAGCUAUUGGAAAAAUUGGCAAAAGAAACAUAUUUCGGCAAAUUACCGACUUCUGAGGAAACAUAUAAAACCAAGGAUCCUACAACUAACGAAACUUAUCAAAGCAAGGAAGAGGAAACACAUUUUAGCAAGGAUCCAACGGAUGAUAAAACGUAUCUAAGCAAGGAUCCUACUGCAGAACAGACAAAAGACGCCACUGGUGUUAGUGGAAAGGACGAAGAGGAGCUUGUUGUCGAAGAAGAUGACGAGGAUGAGGAUGAAGCCACCGUGGAUAAACCCACUGAUGCUGUACCCUUGAAUUUCCUUAAUUAUCCCGAACAUGUAGAGGACUUUAAGCCAUAUCCACGAUUUGCCAUACUAAGAAAUGGCUACGUGCAUCAUAUGAACUUGGACUUUUGA